CAUCAGCACAUCAGCACAACGACGCCAACCCAAACGAACAGAUCCAAGUGUCGCCGCCUUAGCAUCACUGCAUUCCCUAUUGGACGGGCGACGCUUCUUGACAGAACCCUCCCCUCUCGCCCACACCAUGGCUGGACGGGUGCGCCAGCCCAUCGACACCGGCGCGCUGGAGAGAUGGAUCGCCAAACACGUGCCCCAAAUUGAGGUGCCGGUGGACGUCAAGCAGUUCGGCUAUGGCCAGUCCAACCCGACCUACCAGCUGACCGCGGCCGACGGCCAGCGCUUCGUCCUCCGCAAGAAGCCGCCAGGACGGCUGGUGUCCAAUACCGCCCACAAGGUCGAGCGCGAGUACCGCAUCAUCCACGCGCUCGCCGGAACGGACGUGCCCGUGCCCAGGGCGUACUGCCUGUGCGAGGACCCGUCCGUCAUCGGCACGCCCUUCUACAUCAUGGAGUUCCUCGACGGUCGCAUCUUCGAGGACCCCGUGAUCCCGAACGUGCUGCCGGACCACCGCCGCGCCAUCUGGGCCGACGCCGUGCGCACCCUUGCCAAGCUGCACCGCAUCGAUCCGCGCUCGGUCGGGCUCGAGAACUUCGGCAAGCCCAAGGGCUUCUACUCCCGCCAGGUGGCCACCUGGCGCGCCGUGUGCGACGCCCAGGCCGCCGUCCGCGACGUCGACACCGACGAACCCGUCGGCCAGCUGCCCCAUUUCGCCGAGCUGAUGGCCUUCUUCGCCGACGAGCGCCAGCAGCCCGCCGACCGCGCCACCCUCAUCCACGGCGACUUCAAGAUCGACAACCUCGUCUUCCACAAGACCGAGCCGCGCGUAAUCGGCAUCUUGGACUGGGAGAUGUCCACAAUCGGCCACCCAUACUCCGACAUCUCGAACCUGCUGACCCCUUACUUCACCGCCCGCCUCGACCCGCGCCGCUCCGUCAACGUGCACCCGGGCUUCCUGCCGCGCGCCACCCGCGGCCUGCCCACGCCAGACGAGAUCACCACGCUGUACUUCACCGUCGUCGAAAGGCCCUCCCCCUCUUCCUCUUCCUCCUCCUCCUCCUCCUCCUCCACAAGCACAAGCAGAGGCACCAACCCCUCGUCCUUCCCGCGCGACCAGCCGGACGACGACGACGACGACGACUACUUGCAAGAGCCGUUGACCGCCCCGCACGACCGCCGCCGCGAGCUGCAGUGGGCCAUGGCCUUCAACAUCUUCCGCCUGGCCGCCAUCUGCCAGGGCAUCGCGGCGCGCCAGGCCGGCCGCCAGGCGAGCAGCGAGCAUGCGCGGCGGCACGCCGACGCGCGCGGGCCGCUGGCCGAGUUCGCGUGGGUCCUGGUGCGCAGCGCCAGGGCGUCGUCGUCCCCUUCUUCUUCGUCCUCGUCGGCGCCGUCGGCGGCGUCGUCGUCGUCGCGAAGCGCGGGGGAGCCGGAGCGAAGGGUGGGUGAUGAGGGCGGCGAUGCGGCGGAUGGGGGAAGGGCUGAGUCUGCGUUAGGAGCGUCUGGAUCCGAGUCCGGGUACGGAGCCGGGUCUGGGUCCGGGUUGGGAGAGGAGCAAAGACAGGGUGGUUGGGGAAGAGGGAGGGGGGAUGGGUCCAAGUUGUGACUUCGUUUCCCUGUUACUGGUCUGUAUAGGUACACAGCAGCAACGCAUGAUGUGGACCAGCUGGCGGUGGGAAGCAACCAUCAUCUAUCUAGAAAAUUUUAGACAAACAAGCGGCUGCAUAUGUGCAGCAGUGAUGCGGCGAGCCUCGUCGGUCGGCG